AUUGCUGUUAUUCUUAAUCAUUGUCUAAUUCAGGCUCUUCAUCAUCCUUUUACUGCACCAAAUCCUGAAGACAUGAAUGACCUUGCAUCUGCUCGUGCAUUGGCUUAUGACAUGGUUUACAACGGGGUGGAGAUUGGUGGGGGAAGUUUGAGAAUUUACAAACGUGAUAUACAACAAAAGGUUUUGGAGAUUGUUGGCAUCUCAGUGGAGCAGGCUGAAGCGAAGUUUGGUUAUCUUCUUGAAGCGCUUGACAUGGGGGCUCCACCACAUGGAGGCAUAGCUUUUGGAUUGGACAGAUUAGUUAUGCUGUUGGCGGGGGCUAAUUCCAUCAGGGAUGUCAUUGCUUUUCCAAAAACAACCACUGCACAGUGUGCCCUCACCAGAUCACCAUCUGAGGUGGAUCCGCAGCAGCUGAAAGAUCUGUCAAUUAAAACGUAGAUAUUCAACUUUACUUAUCUUUCACUCCACACCCAUUUUUGUAUUGUGCUAAGGAAUAAUUUAUGUAUACAAAGAAGAGGAGUUUUAAGCAAUUCAAUGAUUGGACAUAAACCUACUUACUCGUGUUAAUCACCACUUAACGAGCAAACAAAUUUAUAGAGAUGGAUUAUCUGAAUUACUAAUGGAUGUGGUUACAGAUUUAAUUCUA